AUGUGUCAAGGAUAUGGCUACGAAUGUGAAUACGAAAACGGUGCUUCCAAAUUAUCUACCAAGCGACCAACGCCCUCAGAGGAGUCAACAUCACGACCAACAGCGAAAGUGGCACGACUCGCGUCCCCGCAGUCGACGUCAAAACAGGCCACGGAUUCAUCUAUACUUCCCGGUAUUCUCGAGCCGUCAAAAGCUCGUUAUGUUGGAAAAUACUCAUCCAUUGCCUUUCCCCUCUAUGUAGGGCUGGAAGUCCAGGCGACCAAGCUUCCGCGUCUGCACUCGUUCGCCUAUCACUCGGGCAUCCGCAAAGAGCCGCCCUGUGCGGUUACCCACAAGAUCUCCGAGAAAAUCUCCUGGAACACGACCAGGGGUCUUAUUGAGGUCUAUACUGCUGCUAUUCAUCCUGUAUUUGGCUUUCUCAACAUGGAUCACUUCUACACGCUAUGCGAGAAACACUGGCAUGGUCAACCACAAGACAUGGUUUUCGAGGCUCUAGCCAGCGGGGUUCUGGCUUUAGCUUCCCUAUUCAAUGGCAAUCUAGACCAAGACAUGGAAAUGUGGUUAAUCCUACAUGCAAAAGAAAUUCUUGAGGAUUAUUCAAUAAGCCGCUUCCCCUCUUUGGAACAAAUUGCGGCGUGGAUUUUACGGGCCAUAUAUAUUCGCUGCUCUGGACGGCCACAUGUUGCUUGGCUCACAAGUUGCACUAUCAUGCAUUUGGUUGAGGCAACAGGCUUACACCAUGCAUCAGAGUAUACGUUACAGACAACAGGCAAUGUUGCCCCAAGCCCAGAGGUUUCAAAAACAGUUAUCCGAACUGCUCAAGUCGCCACUUGUCUUCACAUCGUCAUUGCCUUCGAGUAUGGCAGAUCGAUUAUGACUGUGAAUCGCCAAACUCUCGAGCAUAUCCUACAACCGACCCACGAAGGAGAUUUGACUUCCCACUUAGUUAGUCUUGUCAUGGCCCUGCCUGCGACUCAGAUAAUUGGCGACUCGGCUGAUAUUACGGACGAACUAUCGGCUGCCCUUGAACAGGUAGUCGAUGCACCUGUCAGCCAUGACUUCUUACUACUUUUGAAGGCAGACCUAGCUCUAGGCAUAUACCGACGACUUAGAGUCAUGGAUUCGAAAUCUCAGCAAAUACACAACGACCGUGUGAUUACCGUCGGCACAACAGCACUAUCUGCGGCACGAAGGCUAGUGAGUCAAGGCCAGCCAUGGUGGAACGUCAUCGGAACUGUCUUCCAGUUUGCAUGUGCGCUCCUUGUAAUGGACACAUCUUCAGCCUGUGAAAGGUUCGUGGAAACCAUGGACACUCUGGAAUUUGUCGUCGAUCAGUUGAACACACACCUAGCCAGAGAAGCAUUGUCGACCGCCAGGCAACUUGCUCGAGCUGCAUUGGACAAGAAGAGAAAGGGCGUUGAAUCAUUAGAGCGCGUGGUGGGACCUCCGUCGCCAGACUCUGUUGCCGCUCAUCCACCACAGGAUUCCUCAGCACCGAGCCCAUCCCUGGAGCACCAGUUCCCCUUUGAUCUUGAUUCUCUAUGGGCCAUGGAAUUCCAGCUACCUUUAUGA